CACAAAGGUGCCACCGGUCAUACCAUUCAUACCCUUGACUUUCCUCCUUCCUUGACGACAUGUUCACCAUAAAAACACCCCCCUCGAGCACACUCGUCUACUCCCUAUUCGGAGUCCAACAACCAACGAGCACCGUCUCAGACAAGACACAAUCUGUGAUCCAAUCCUUCGAUGCCUUGUUAGAGGGAACCGACAGCUACAUCGACAGAGUCACACAUCACGGAAUCCUCGCACCAGGCGAAGGCAAGACCCAAAUCUGGCUGGCAACCUGGUCCUCAACCGCCAAAUUCGAGCAAUGGUGGGGAUCGAAACCCGUCGUGGAAUUCUGGGCCUCUCUACCCGACGACGCUGGUGUUUGGCGCGAGAUCAUCCAUGUUCCAUACACCCGUACCCAGUAUAAAACCACCCAGGAUUGGCAGGCUGGACAGGGGACGUUUGCCCCACAUGUACUCACCACAAAGAACGGGUACUGGGGGUGGAUCAGGGAUUCGAUUGAGGAGUUAUCGAAGGAGAACCGCAUGGAUACGCCGGUAGUGGAGGCGUUGGUGCCCGACCGGCAGGUGGAUCUGAGCGAGAAAGUGCACGGCCGUGUUCUUAUAGAUACGUUCCCCGACAAUCUAUGUUUCAACUUGGAAAGGCAGGACAUGUCGAAAAUGAUGGAGGCAGAGAAAAGUCUCUGGUUUGACCAGUUCGACCAGGCUGUUUGUAAGUGGAUGGACGAUUUGAUGGCCGCGGCACCGGAGGCUGGGAUUCUUACUUCGCGGAUGUGCUAUGACGAGACUAAGGGCACUUAUAAGGAGGAUGAGAGCGAUUUCCACAAGCAUACCCGCAAGGUGGAGUUGUUCUUUUUCAAGGAUCUCAAGUCCAUGGAGAGGUUGGGAAGAUCGAAUAAGGGACACGUCGGAUUGCGGAAUAACAUCUUGCAAACAUAUGGGCCUGGAGGGCAGAUGGCGGAGUGUGGAAAGCUGGCUCUUUGGGUGGAAACAAGUGUUCUCAAGGCCUCUGAUAUCGUGGCAGAGUAUAUUGGAUGUGUUCCUGGGACGGGGUUUCUGGCUUACAGGAACCAUGAGGCAUUCCAACGGCAAUAG